CAAUGUCAUCUAAUGUGGCUAAAAAAGCAAUUGGUCAUCUUCCUGAUGAAAUAUGGGAUAAAUUUAUAAAAGGAGACAAAGGUUAUAAAGGAUAUUAUACUGCAACGUGUAGUUACUGCUUCAAAACAUGGACUCCUGGAAAAUCUAAGGAUCUUAAAAAGCAUCUUGCAUAUGAAUAUCAAAAGCAGAUCAGAUUAAUAAAAUUAGUUCUUGGUUCUAAUGUAUCAUUUGUUCUUAUUGAGCAUCCUUUUUUUUAUGAUUUUACUAAAGCUUUACAUUCUACUUAUUCUUUUUCAAGCCAUUGGGUUUUACCUAAUACACUUUUUGACCAAGAGCUUGCUCAAAUUAAUUUAAGAGUUGAUAUUCUUUAUCACACAGACAUUUUUCUUGAUAAUGAACUUAUUGAAAUUGUUAAAAAGAUUGAACCUGAAAAAUUAGCUGUAGUAGUAUCUGACAAUGGAUCAAAUGUUUGUGUUGCUUAA